GUUACAGAAAGGCCUCGAAAAGUAACAAGUGUACAGAAAGUUCCUUUUGAAAAAGACUUAUAAAAAACAUAUUUAUUAAAAUGACUACACCUACUCCUGAUGCACCUGAAAAUUUCGACCAGUUUGAUGAUGAUGAAUCCGAGCAGCAAUUGGGUUCAACAGGCUCCGGACGGAAGAGACUCUUCAGCAAAGAGCUGCGUUGCAUGAUGUACGGGUUUGGGGACGACCAGAAUCCUUACACGGAGAGUGUGGACUUUUUGGAGGAUUUGGUUAUUGAAUUUCUUACAGAAACUACACACAGAGCAAUGGAGGUAGGAAGAACAGGGAGGGUUCAAGUGGAAGAUAUUAUUUUCUUAGUACGGAAAGAUCAAAGGAAAUAUGCAAGGGUCAAGGACCUCCUUACUAUGAAUGAAGAACUGAAGAAAGCUAGGAAGGCUUUUGAUGAAGUUAAAUAUGUCGAAGACCAACAAUAAUGAUGAUGGCGAACAAGAGACAGCUUCUAAGGCUGAUGCAA